AUGUUUCUGUCACUGUUUGCCACAGCAUGCGCACGCUUGCCGGGCUCUGCAGCUGUUUCCAGUCUUGGAUCAAGUUAUGACGCGGUCCGGGGCGUGCAUUCGGCUGGCAUGGGGCAAUCGCCAAGCCAAGCGGCGGGCGAUCCCAGUGAAGCUGCAGGCAAUCCGGCAUCGAGUUUCCCCAGCAUCCUUUCCGGCUGUGUAGCGGUAUGCUCCGACACCAGCGAGAGCACCGGCUCGUUGGCCAAAGUGGUCCAGCAGUGCUGCAUCGCGUCUGAGCGGGAGGGGGUGUUGGAGCUGGUGGAGCAGCAUCGAGUCAUUGGGGAUGCUGUAUCUGUGGUGGAGGAGGAGGCGUGGGUAGCUUGGACCUCCCCACGGGUGUUGGACAUCGCAGGAGGCCUCCGGCAGAAAUUGCUAUCGCGUCCACAAACAGACCAGAGGUUCAUCCAGCAUUAUAGUUUGGGUGAUCAAGUCGGAGAGGGCUCUUUUGGCAACGUGUACAAGGCGCACGCCAGAGGUGUGAAUGGAGCUGACCGCGCAUACGCAGUGAAGGUCUUUUCACUUGCCUCGCCCAUCGCUUCACCACAGGCGAAAGUAGAGUCCGAGGAAGCUAAGCGCAAACUUGCGAGCUUCCUGGGCGAGUAUGCCAUGCUGGCACGCUUGGACCACCCUCACAUCAUCAGGAUGUUUGAGUGCUUCCAGUCGGCCAGCGAGCUGCACUUGCUCUUGGAGAUGUGUGCCGGGGGCGAGCUCUAUGCACUGCUUGUCAAGAAGAUCAAGGAGGAAGGGGGCAGCGGGCUUCCUGAAGGAAACGUGCAAAUCUUCUUUAGGCAGAUGCUAUGGGCAGUUGGCUACCUCCACGGCCGCCGAAUAGUUCACCGCGACAUCAAGCCUGAGAACUUUCUGGUUUGCCUCGAGGGAUCUGAGGAGGCCGUGCUGAAGCUUUGCGACUUUGGGACUGCCAUGGUGCUGACCGAGCAGAAGCCGAGGUCGUUGGUGAACAUCGGCACGCUGUCUUACACGGCGCCGGAGGUGUACAUGCGCAAAGGAGCUGAUCUCCCAGCAGACACGUGGUCGUUGGGGGUGGUCCUCUACGUGAUGCUGACGGGGACCAACCCAUUCCGCGUUGGCAAGGACUCCACGAAGCAGGAGACCGUGAAAAAGAUUAAAGCCGGAGCGUUUGCCACGCAGCGUCCUGGCUGGCUCAAGGUAUCAGAAGCAGGCCGUGACCUGGUGACGAAGCUUCUUGUCUUAUCGGAGCAGACGCGCCUGACCUGUGCGCAGGCUCUGAGACAUGGCUGGGUCUUGUCGGCGCAAAGGAGCUCACUACGAGAAAGCGAGCCAGCGUCACUGGCUGUCGCUGCCGUGCCGCUGCUGCGGCGGAUGCUCCAGCUGCAAAAGCCGCAGAGGUAUGCCCUCCUCAUGUGCGCUUUAAGCGCGACGGAGGCAGACCUUCCUCAACCAGCAGCUUGGAGGACGCUUUUUCUGAUGCUCGAUGAGGACAACGAUGGGCUUCUGAGCAUCGAGGAGUGCGCCGCCGGCUUGAGGAGGCUCUCAAACAUCUCACGCUCCGAGGUGCCUGAUGAAGACUUGACAGAGGCGGUGAAGGCAGCCGACAUCGACCAGAGUGGGUUUGUAGAUUGGGCCGAGUGGCUCUCGGUUGCGCUUCUCUCUCUUCCGAAGCUUUCAGAGGCCGCGAUUGCGACUUUUGCCCACCGGCAUCUCCAGAGGCUGUGGUCUGACACUGGCCAAAAUGAGGUCGUGGUCGCCAUCUGGAAGCUUGCUCGGCAGUUGAGGCUCGAAAAGGACAAGGAGGCGAGCCUCGGGCCGCUGUCUGCGAGUGAUUUGCAGCUGGUAUUGUCGAGCUGCCAGGACAGCGCGGGAUGAAUGUAUCACUUGAGAGCUCUUCAGCUCAAACCAGUUGUUUUCCUCCGGUUCGCACUUUUGGCUUGGUCCAAAGUUGGCCAAUAGCCAGCCCGGCCGAGCCGGGUUUGGGGCAACCGGGUCGCCAAAGGCCCCAAACAGCCCCCAAGGGCCGAGGGAACGCCAGGCCGCGAAACCUAGAGCCACGAAAUCGGGCUGGAAGCAGUGGGCGUCUUGAGGUCAAGGGGCUGUUCUUGGCUUUCUUGGAGCAUCGGCAUAAAUGUCCUU